AUGCCCCCAGAGGACGGAAAUGAUCAUAACCUGGAAAGAAGGAAGGAAAGAGAAUCCCUGUCUCCAGGAGCCGCCCUCAAAGAGGUGAAGAGAGUCCUCCAAGGCCAGGCACUGGAGUGCACCCGCAGGGACCAUGGAGAGCUGGAGGGAAUGUAUCGCCUAUACUAUCAGUUCAGGUUCCAGUGGCAGUUUUCUUACUGGUUAUUUAAACAGCCAAAGUCAAUUGACAGCUGCGGACAAUCUACCUCCAAUGGAAGAAGUAUAAUAAGAGUGUAUCACGACACUCUGGAGGGAGUGUACAGGGUGCUGACGAAGGAGAUGCACACUACUUUGAUCGAUUUUGAACACUUCUGGCAAGUUGCCAAAAUUCAGAUGGCAAGAGAGUGUAAGCUGGAAGAGACAGCUGUGAACUAUGUCAACUGGAAAAUGGUUGACUCUGUGCCUUAUUACAGACUUUACAUGGUGUCUCGAAACUCUGUCUAUCUGGACCACUUAAAGGGAUUUCUGCAGCAGAAAAGGUUGAUGAACAAUUAGAUUUGUCAGGAAGAAAAUGCCUGAGUCAGAAACCUUCUGCCAGAGUUUUACCAGCUUCUAGAGUUUGGCACCAAGGCACUGGAAGGCAACACCUUUUCUGCCCAUCUGAGUCGAAUCAUCUGGUUGUAUUUGCACUGUGGUCAGCAAUUGUAUAUGGAGGCUGUAAAGGGAUUUGUUCUUGAAUGUGCACAAGCAAGCCUGGAAUAUUACACUUCAGUCACGCCAGUCUUUUACACUCAGUUUGUUCACUGA